UGUCAUGGAAACCAGAAAGAGGGAGAGAGCUGAAGCGCUUCCCUGCCCCCUCCCUCCCUCCUCCGCACGCGCGCCGGGCAGCUCCGGGAUCAGACCGCGCGGAUCGAGAGCGUGUCCGAACCUGCUCGGUGCGCACACGCGUGUGGCCCGGUUUCUCGCGCUGUGGACCGGGGAGCCGCUCUCCCCCGCACAGCCGCUCUUUAAUGAGCGGCUUCGGGCUGUGCUGCGCGAUGUUCAUGGACCGAAGCAUCCUGAGGGGGGGCCCCUCCUCCUCCAGUCCCAGCUUGCUGAUGAAAAGCCUCUCUCUGGAGCCAUCCUGCUCAUCGUGUGGCCACCAGGGGGUGCCUGAUUCUGCCUCCCCCCAGCAGUCAGGCCCAGCAUCUCUUGAACAUGGGGGUGAGCUGGUUGAACUGCCCUCCGUGAACAGUGCUGGCCCACCGGAGCUCCCUUCCCUCGCAAUAGCAUUGCUGAACCGGAACAAGCCUGCACUACUAGGACCUAAGCCCCAGGUGCCACCAAAGCCUGCCCACCUUCAACAGCAAGCAGGACUUGCAAGGCCACGCCCUCGAGUUCAUGACAAGCCCCUCCCACCUCCACCACCUUGCAGACCUCUGCCAGCAGAUCUUCGAGGAUGCAGGACUCCGCCCACCCAUGCGGUUGAAACCGACUCCCCCACCUGUGUGCUGUCACUCAUCGAAAAGUUUGAGCGGGAGCAGAUUAUCGUGGUUCCUGACUUGACUGGGGGGGCUGUGAGCGCCCACCCAACAGAACCUGCCUCAUCCCUGCCUCCUUCGCAACCAUCGUCAUUGUCCUCAUCGGUACCUGAGAACGAGCAGCCAAGAGAGGGAACAGACAGUAACAACACAAUGCAGGCUGAUGAGGGGGGGGGGGAAGAGAGCGGGCUGCAGGCUACUGAUGAUGAUGAUCAGGAGGAUGAAGAGUUAGCUGCUGCAUGUCAGAAACGUCUGUCCAUGGAAUCGAGUUACGGCACCUCAGAGCAACACCUGGACGCCAAUGCGGUCACCAUGGAGACGAGUAACCAGCAGCCAGCAGCGCUUCUUGACCGAUCAGAACUGCUCUCGGAGAGCCUGUCCCUUCCCUACUCGCAGACGGACGGGAAGGUGGCCAAUCGCGAUAGUGGCAUUGACAGCAUCAGCUCGCCAUCUCACAGCGAGGAGCUCUGCUUCACCAGCGUGGAUGAAGGGAGCGUGGUCUACCCGUGCAGCCCCACCUUCUUACUGCACCCGUCCAGCUUGUCCUACACAUGUGAGGAAGGGGAGGUGAAGGGGGGGGCCCAGAAGAGGCGAGAGUUUUCGGAGGAGGGAGACAGCGAUCUGGAGGAGGAGGGAGAGCUUACAGUCGUGUUGGAGACCCCUAAGACAGAUAUGCAAGACCCCGUUGAGUUGUCUGUCCACCAGAGAGUCUUCAACAUCGCCAACGAGCUCCUCCACACUGAGAUCUCAUACGUGUCCAAGCUCCACCUGCUGGAUCAAGUUUUCUGUGCCCGGCUCCUGGAGGAAGCUCGGUCCCGCUCCUCCUUUCCCAGCGACAUGGUUCAGGGGAUCUUCUCCAAUAUUUGCUCCAUCUACUGCUUCCAUCAGCAGUUCCUGCUGCCAGCGCUGCAGAAACGAAUGGAGGAGUGGGACUGCAACCCUCGCAUCGGUGAUAUUCUGCAGAAGCUGGCUCCUUUCCUUAAGAUGUAUGGAGAGUAUGUGAAAAACUUUGACCGGGCAAUGGAGCUGGUGAACAUUUGGAUGGAGAGGUCAGCUCAGUUCAAGGCCAUCAUCCAGGAGAUACAGCGGGAGGAGCGCUGUGGGAACCUGACCCUGCAGCACCACAUGCUUGAACCCGUCCAGAGGAUUCCUCGCUAUGAGCUGCUAUUAAAAGACUACCUCCAUCGACUGCCUGAGGACGCGCCGGACCGCCAUGAUGCUGAGAAGUCUCUGGACCUGAUUGCAACUGCAGCCGAACACUCCAAUGCCGCCAUCAGGAAGAUGGAGCGCAUGAGGAAGCUGCUGAAGGUGUACGAGCUGUUGGGCGGGGAGGAGGACAUUGUUAACCCGACAAACGAGCUGCUCAAAGAGGGACACAUCCUCAAACUGUCCAACAAGAACGGCACCACGCAGGACCGAUACCUGAUUCUGUUUAAUGACCGGCUGCUGUACUGCGUCCCCAAGCUCCGCCUGAUUGGUCAGAAGUACAGCGUACGUGCACGCAUUGACGUGAAUGGCAUGGAGCUCAAGGAGACCAGCAGCCCUGCUGUCCCCAGGACCUUCCUGGUGUCUGGAAAGCAGAGAUCCCUGGAGCUGCAGGCUCGGACGGAGGAGGAGAAAAAGGACUGGAUCCAGGCCCUCCAGGCCGCCGUCCAGCGCCACGAACAGACCCUGGACAGCUUCCGUCCCCUCAGCUGCUCACUGCGAGACGACGAAACCACACCCCCCCACUCCCCGAGCUGUAUGGAGCUGGGAAAAAGAGCCCCCACUCCAAUACGGGAGAAGGAGGUGACCCUGUGCAUGAAGUGUCAGGAGCCCUUUAACUCCAUCACCAAGAGACGGCACCACUGCAAGGCCUGUGGACACGUGGUUUGUGGAAAGUGCUCGGAGUUCCGUGCACGUCUAUCUUACGACAAUAACCGCACCAACCGAGUGUGUGUGGACUGCUACGUCAUGCUGGUGGGCGUGUCACCUGGGGCGCUGAGUGGCAGCAACCAGAGGAGGCGAUCCAUCCUAGAGAAACAGGCCUCGCUGGCUGCAGAGAACAGUGUUAUCUGCAGCUUCCUGCACAUCAUGGAGAAGGGGGUGGGGCGGGGCUGGCAGAAGGCGUGGCUAGUCAUCCCUGAGAAUGAGCCGCUGGUGCUCUAUGUGUAUGGAGCCCCCCAGGACGUGAAGGCGCAGCGCAGUGUGCCUUUGAUCGGCUUCGAGGUCUCCUUCCCCGAGUCAUGUGACCGCUUGGACAGAAGACAUGCCUUUAAGAUCUGCCAAAGUCACCUGACCCUCUACUUCAGUGCUGAGGGGGAGGAGCUCCAGCGCAGGUGGAUGGACGCCCUCUCAAGGGCUGGAAGGGGGGAGGAGCCUCUGAUUCACCAAUCGAUUGCUGAGAGCCUUGAGGAGGAAGGGGAGGAGCUUCUUCCUGAGCCUGAUGGCGAAGACUCCUGAUUCUGGAUUAUCCAUGAUGAUCUAAACGGUGGUGCCAGUGUCACUGAAAUAUUUCCAGAAAACAAGUAAAAGCAUCCAGAUGAAUCCAGAAUGAAUCUUACACUAAACAGACCCAGAUUUAACUCCGAGAGAGCCCAGCUCGACCUUGUUGUAGACUUUGUCUUUACCUGUAUGCUGUAUUAUCUGUUGGCUGAACUUCAACACCGGGACUUUUUUCAGCUCAUCAUUACUUCAAAAGGCUUCUCUGAGACUGUUCUGAACGUAUGACUCUGACUUCUUUGAUUUGUCUGAGUCCUAAAAGGGGCGCUGCCGCCAUCCUCACCCUAAGAUUUCUCAUGGACAUCUCCUCUCUUCACACAUGGACAUAACUGUUGGGACUCAAUGAAAGGAAAACUCAGAACGGUGAAAGAAAGAAGCAACAAAAGUAACAAAUUAAAUGUCUAUGAAAUUCAA